AUGGCCAAGCACGUAAAGUUGAGAACACCGCUGGCCAAGCUUUUCUGGAUGGGCAGGGAGGAACUGAACCACGAACACCGUAAUAUAUACUAUCGGUUAUAUACCAAAGAAGGCCGACUCGAAUCAAACAACCCGAUCUUCUCUAAUGAUCGCUUCAUCAGUCAUAUCUUGUCGAAAUCAGUGAGACCCCCUCACACAGCAGCCUCGCUGAAGAGGUACGUCUGCAAGAUUGAAGGCAUGGAAGGCUCGGGAAAGGGCGCUUUCAAGUAUCUGUUGCUGUCAGAAAAAAAGCCUUUGGACGAUUCUGCUCGUCUUGCACUCCGAGAGAACUCUGGGCCAGGAUCAUCUGAGGUUGACCCUGUAGUUCUCGUUGUUGAUAAGGGCCCUGCCGCUGAGAAGAAACUCAAAUCUGCUAGUAAUGCAGGCUCGAAUAGAUUGUCCGUAUGGAAGAUUGAACAAUGUUUUGUGCAUUACCGACUUUACGACGAUGAUGGCAAAGCUGUCUCGAAAAUGUCGUUUGACGAGAGCAACUCUUCUUUGGGUCGCAUUGACAUAUUUACCAUCCCGCCACCGCAAACAGUUGCUUCCUUGAAAGAUCAUCUUGCCCAUGUAGAAGGGGUCUCAGGUCACCAUGUUCAGUUGCUUGAGAACGAGGAUGGAGAGGUCACCUUGAGCGAUGGCGAUGCCAUCGCCCUUCUCACUGAUGAUUUUCCGGGCUCAAAAGAGGGUCAGCCGAUAGUGUUCACAUAUGCACAGAGUGCUUCUGAUAAAAUGGAGAACCCAUCCUUUUCAAAGCGUCUUACAGGCAUAUCAAACUGGGCCGGCGCGACUGUGGAUGCCACCUGGCACUCAAUAGUGAUUGGAGAGAUCUUCCAAACAGACGGACUUCACGAGAUAAAGCCAUUCCAAUCUGGUUCUCAUCGCUAUGUAGAUUUCCCUUGCUAUGUCAGAAUAAAUAGUUCCGGAAAUAAAGCUUGUACACUCACUGAUCAAAAGUAA